AUGUACUGAUAUUCCUGUGGUAAAUGAUGGCUCCCCGUUUGAUGAUGCUUUUAACAUAACAUUUUUAAGACCCUAUAAUGUGUGGGUCUGCGGCAGUUGUAAAAAGUUAUAAAACUUCACAAAUAAGUUAUUGGGAAAUCCUAUGCCCACUUUGAAUACGAGGAAGACAGUGUCAAAUACCUUGAAGCCUGAUUUGCUUUGCAGGCGUUCAUAAAGCAGUCCUGUUUUUGCCUGAUCCAAAUGCACGUUACGCUUUUUCAGGGGAGGGGGCGGGGCGUCUUUUCACCUGAAGCACCUUUGAACCUGAAAAUAAAACAUUGUUUUGAAAUGGGAUACGGAAUACAUACAAAGGUAGAACUAUAGAUGUUGUGUACUCCACUCUUUUCCGACUGAGAACCAGGGUCUCAGAUUUGGAGGUGCUAAUUUUCCUCCCAGCCGCUUCACACUCUGCUGCGAUCUCCAGUGAGAGAAGAAGAAGAAGAAGAAGAAGAAGAAUCCCCUUUUAUUGUCAUGAACAUGGAUGCACGCGCGUGUAAUUUGUUCUCUGCAUUGAACCCAUACACGUUAGUGGAACACACUGGAGCAGGGGGCAGCUGAAGCGCCCGGGGAGCAUUUCGGGGUAUCAGUGUCUUGCUCAAGGACACCACAGCCGUGAGUCCGGGGAUGUUGGCGGAUGGUCCAGUUGGGUUCUUGAACCAGGGUCCCCCGCGGUGGCAGGCGAUAAUCUUAACCAUUGGGCCACGGCUGUUGGAGAUCAUGGCUUGACGAAGCCAACAGAACCACAUCUGCAAAAAGCUUCAAUACUGAGGUCACCAAACCGGACCCCCGCUAUGCCUCGGCUGCGCCACAGAACUCCCAAAGGGACACGGUCAAACACCUUCUCUAAGUCCACAAAACACUCCCAUGCACCCUCAAGGAUCCUGCCGAGGGUGUAGGGCCGGUCCACUGUUCCACGGCCAGGACGAAAACCACACUGCUCCUCCUGAAUCUGAGAUUCGACUUCUCGACGGACCCUCCUGUCCAGCACCCCUGAAUAGACCUUACCAGGGAGGCUGAGGAGUGUGAUCCUCCUGUUGUUGGACACACCCUCUGUUCCCCAUUUUUUAAAAAGGGGGACCACCACCACCACCACCCCACUCUGCCAAUCCAGAGGCACUGUCCCCGAUGUCCACGCGAUGUUGCAGAGGCGUGUCAACCAGGACAGCCCCACAACAUCCAGAGCCUUUAGGAACUCCGGGCAAAUCUCAUCCACCCCCGGGGCCUUGCCACCGAGGAGCUUUUUAACCACCUCGGUGACCUCAACCCCAGCGACAUGAGAGCCCGCUUCAGAGAACCCAGACUCUCCUGCCUCAUGGGAAGGCGUGUCGGUGGAAUUGAGGAGGUCUUCGAAGUAUUCUCCCCGGAGAGACACAACGUCCCAAGUCAAGGUCAGCAGUGCCCCUUCCCCACUAUACACAGUGUUGAUGGUGUACUGCUUUACCCUCCUGAGACGCCGAAUGGUGGACCACAAUUUUCUUGAAGCCGUUCGGAAAUUAUUCUCCAUGGCCACACCGAACCCCUCCCACGACCCGAGUUUUUGCCUCAGCGACCACUAAAGCUGCAUUCCGCUUGGCCAGCCGGUACCCAUCAAGCUGCCUCAGGAGUCCCGCAGGGCAAAAAGGGCCGAUAGGACUCCUCCUCCAGCUUGACGGCAUCCCUCACCGCUGGUGUCCAUCGGGUUCAGGGAUUUCCGCCACGACAGGCACCGACUGCCUUACCCCCACAGCUCCGGUCGGCCGCCUCGGCAAUGGAUGCGUGGAACAUGAUCCACUCGGACUCAAUGUCCCCCGCCUCUGAAACUCUUUCUGACAGGGGAUUCAGCCAGACGUUCCCAGCAGACCCUUACAAUUUGAUUGGGCCUGCCAGGUCGGACCCGCAUCUUCCCCCACUAUCGGAGUCAACUCACCACCAGGUGGUGAUCAAUUGACAACUCCACUCCUCUCCUCACCCGAGGGUUCCAAGACAUGCGGCCGCAAGGCCGACGACAGGACCACAAAGUCGAUCACCGAACUGUGACCUAGGGUGUCCUGGUGCCAACUGCACGUGUUCGUUAUGGACAAUCCGUGGUGAACACAGAAGUCCAAUAACAGAACACCACUCGGGUUCUGAUCGGAGGGCCGUUCCUCCCAAUCACAACCCUACAGGUCUCACUGUCAUUGCACACGUGAGCAUUAAAGUCCCCCAGCAGAACGAUGGAGUCCCCAGCGGGAGCGCUCUCCAGCACCCACUCCAAGAACUCCAAAAAGGUGUGCCGUGGUAUUGAGGCAAUUAGCCUGUGGCAUUGCCUGGGAGUCAUGGAAGCCCAGAUUUCUUCUUUGUUUUUGCGUCUGGUGCCCCUCAUUUUCCUCUUGAUAAUACCCCAUCGAUUCUCAAUGGGGUUUAGAUCCGGCGAGUUGGCUGGCCAGUCAAGCACUGUGAUGGCCUGGGCAUCAAACCAGGUUUUGGUGCUUCCGGUGGUAUGGGCAUGGGCCAGGUCCUGCUGGAAGAUGAAAUCUGCAUCUCCAUACGGAGCCUCAGCAGAAGGAAUCAUGAAGUCCUCUAAAACAUUCUGGUUGACUGUUGCGGUGACCUUGGAUUUCAGAAAGAAGUUCACCAACACCGGCACUGGACAUUGCACCCCAAAUCAUGACUCGCAGUGGAUAUUUCACACUGGACCUCAAGAAGCUUUGGUUCUGUUCUUCACCAGUCUUCCUCCAAACCCUUGGACCGUGAUUCCCAGAUGAAAGAGACACUUUACUUUCAUCGGAAAAGAGGACCUCGGACCACUGGCCAAUAGUCCAGUCCUUUGUCUCCUUGGCCAAGUUGAGACGCUUCCUACGUUGGCUCAGAAGCGGCUCGACCCGAGGAACCCGACAGUUGUAGCCAAUCUCCCGGAUGCGUCUGAAUGGCUGUGACUCCCGCCUCAUUCCACUCUUUCUGGAUCUCUGCUAGAUUCUUGAAUCUUCUCUGCUGAAGCCCACGGUCCUCUCUCUGGCUUUUUGUCUUUCCGUUGAUAUGCUUGAACAGCCAGCCUCCUUAGCUAGGAACCUUGGUGUAUGACCCAUCUUAUGGAGGGUAUCGAUGAUCGUCUUCUGGCCAAUUGUCAAGUCUGAACUGAAGUCUUCCCCAUCUUGAACCUACCUGAGACAAACGUCAGUGAAAAUCUUCAUCCUGAGCGGCAGCCGUCGGUGUCCACUCGCAUCAAAGAGGAAGAGGAGGACGAAGAGGUUCAACACAUUAAAGAGGAAGAGCAGGAGGAAAUCAUCAAGGUUCCAUCGACGGGUGUCCUUUUGAAGAGCGAAGAUGGAGGUCAAAGAGAAGAGAGCAAAGGGGCGGAGCCUCCAAGCAGCAGCUCAAGUCAACACAUGACGACAGAAGGUGAUGGAGAAGACCACUGCGGAGGAUCACCGGCAGACUGUGAUGAUGAUGAACAGUUAGAAGGUGAUAAGACAUGUCACACGGAGAAAAAACUCUGGAAAUGUUCUCAAUGUAGGAAAACUUUUGCUUCCAAGAGCUAUUUCAAACAGCACAUGAACAUACACACAGGAGAGAGAAAAUUUGCCUGCUCAGUUUGUGGUCAAAGAUUCUCUCAAAAGGGAAACUUAACGAUACACACGAGAACGCACACUGGUGAGAAACCUUUUGCCUGCUCAGUUUGUGGUCAAAGUUUCUCUGAGAAGGGAACCUUAAAAAGCCACACAAGAACCCACACUGGCGAGAAACCUUUUGCCUGCUCGGUUUGUGGUCAAAAAUUCACUCAGAAGGGAACCUUAAAAAGUCACAUAAGAACGCACACUGGUGAGAAACCUUUCGCCUGCUCAGUUUGUGGUCAACGAUUUUCUGGGAAGAGCAACUUAACAAUACACACAAGAACGCACACUGGUGAGAAACCUUUUGGCUGCUCAGUUUGUGGUCAACGAUUCUCCGGUAAGAGCAUCUUAACAAUACACACAAGAACCCACACUGGCGAGAAACCUUUUUCCUGCACAGUUUGUGGUCAAAGAUUCUAUCAAAAGGGACACUUAACAAUACACACAAGAACCCACACUGGCGAGAAACCUUUUUCCUGCUCAUUUUGUGGUCAGAGAUUCUCUGAAAAGGGCAAGUUAAAAAUGCACACAAGGACCCACACUGGUGAGAAACCUUUUUCCUGCUCAGUUUGUGGUCAAAGAUUCACUCGGAAUGGACACUUAAAAACGCACACAAGAACGCACACUGGAGAGAAACCUUUUUCCUGCUCAGUUUGCGGUCAAAGAUUCUCUGCUAAGGAAAGCUUAAAAUUACACACAAGGACCCACACUGGUGAGAAACCUUUUUCCUGCUCGGUUUGUGGUCAAAGAUUCUCUCAUAAGAAUCGGGUUAAGGCACACAAGUGUGCUGGGGAGAAUAGCAGUGCUCAAGAAGCUUUUUUUUGAUGAAACUGUAAAUGAAAAGUAAUUACUAUGUUACUGACCCCAAAAAAAAUCUCCAUUCUUGUAUUCUGUGUACCAGCUUUUAUUGUAUCUUCUUGUUUCCCAUAUAUUUUCGAAAAGCCUCCUGCGGGCAAAUGUUGAGAAUUGAAUUGAUGCACCACAAGUGUGUCGCACGUGUGUGUAUGUCUGCAUACGGUGGGUACGGAAAGUAUUCAGACCCCCUUUAAAAUGUUCACUGUUAUAUUGUAGCCAUUUGCUACAAUCAUUUCAAUUCUUUUUUCCUCAAUGUACACAGCACCCCAUAUUGACCAGAAUUAUUUUUUUUUUUUUUACAUUUUUGCAGAUUUACUAAAAAAAAGAACUGAAAUAUCACAUGGCCAUAAGUAUUCAGGCCCGUAGCUCGGUAUUGAGUAGAAGCCCCCUUUUCAGCUAAUACAGCCAUGAGUCCUUUUGGGAAUGAUGCAACCAGUUUUUCACACCUGGAUUUGGGGAUCCUCUGCCAUCCCCCCUCGCAGAUCCUCUCCAGUUCUGUCGGGUCGGAUGGUGAACGAUGGUGGACCGCUAUUGACGUGAAAAUGUCACCAGAUGUUGGGAACAACCCAAGUCAUCCAUCCAUACAAAUAAGAUCAGAAAUUCACUUGUGUAAAAAGGUGAAAUGACGCAGGGAGAAGGUAGUGAAAACGCCAAUGGUAUUUCUUUCAUACUUUGCACCAAAGCCUUUGUUUGCAAUGACAGCUUCCUGUAUGGAGAAACUAGUCGCAUGCAUUGCUCUGUGGUGAUUUUGGCCCAUCCCUCCACACGAGCAGGCUUCAAAUCGUGACGGUCCCGUGGGCUUCUUUUAUGGACCUUGAGUUUCAGUUCUUUCUGUAGAUUUUCGAUUGUUUUUAGGGUGAUGUGCAGUGCCAUUUGUCCUCCAAACGUGGUGUGCACUAUGGCAACCAAACAGUUCAAUUAUAUUCUCCCAGUAUUUAACUGGCUGGUCCAAAUGUUGCUCAGCAGGGGUUGCCUGAAAAUUUCUCAGUCAUGACAAUCACUCGUCACACAUUUCUUGAGCUCAGCGUGUUAAGUAGGCAUUACUCUUAUUACAAAUUCAAUUAAAAAGUAUAUUUAAACUCAAAAACUGAAGUUCUUUGUUCGUUCCUGAAUCUGUCUGUCUGAAAAUGUCUUUCAAAUCAUGAGAAGCACAGCAGGCGAACUUGACAAUCUUCCUCAUAAACUGCAACUGGCCAAAUAAAACGAAGUUGGCACUUACAAGCCCAAUUCCAAUGAAGUUGGGACGUUGUGUUAAACAUAAAUACAAAUGAUUUGCAAACCAUAUUCCACCUAUAUUGAAUUGAAUAUACUAUACAAAGACAAGUUAUUUCAUGUUCAAACUGAUCAACUUGAUUGAUUUUAGAAAAGAAUCAUUAACUUGGAAUUUGAUGGCUGGAACACGUUCCCAAAAAGCUGGGACAGACGGGGUCAUGUUUACCACGGUCUUACAUCACCUUUUCUUUCAACAA